AUGAAGGAGGAUAUACAUUCACUGAAUACUAUAUUUGUUGGAUCACAAGGCCUUGACUUGCCAGAAUAUUUUCAGACUACAACUGUGGAUGAUUUGCCGGUCCUCUACUAUGACAGUGCCAUGAAAAGUGCGGUGCCUGUCCCUGAUUGGAUUAACAGUACGACUGCACAACAACUUUGGAGUUAUUUUGCUUCCAGAGCAAAUUUCAACAAAGCAGCUUUAAUCAGAGGCCUCAAAUUUGCCAUCCAGGAGUUUAACUUGACAGGUGCUUCCACAAAUAUAUAUCAGGCCUAUGGUCGAUGUAACCUGCAUUCUAAUGGGACUACACAAGCCUUUUUAACUCAUGCAUUUAACGGCAAGGAUUUUUUAAGCCUAGAUAUUGAGACUAAAACAUUUAUCGCCACGGUGCCUCAAGCAAUCCCCUAUAAGAGACUGAGGGAGAAAAAUCGAGUUGACCUUGACUUUCUUGUGUCUGCAUACGAAACGCUGUGUUUUGAAAUAAUCAACAUAUUCCUGCAGUACGAUCCCAGACUACGCAUGAAGAGCGUUCCAGAGGUCAGGAUUUUUGAGAAGCGAAACUCUGCUUUUACAGAAAUCACAUGUCAUGUGACUGGGUUUUACCCAAGAACAGUGCAGGUUCAGUGGUUUGGGUCAGACAUGCAGCCUGUGGUUGAGGGGGUUAUUGAAGGUGAGGUGUUACCAAAUGGAGAUGGUUCUUAUCAGAUAAGAAAGAGUGUUGUGAUACCAGCAGAACACACAGACAUACAUCACUACAGCUGUGUGGUCCAACAUAGCAGCAUCCCUGGAAAUAUCACAGAAAUUUGGGGAAAAUUCACAGUGGCAGAGACCUUAGCUUCCACGGGUCGCACCUGA